AUGAUAUACAAACCAACUGCAACUAUGGGAAAGAAAUCAGCCAGCGUUAUUUUAUUUCUGUUUAUGGUUCUACAUGCAAGUUGUCAGAAUAAGAACAUUGCAGAAGUCGGGACAUCGACGCUAUUGGUUUCAGAUAUGGAGACUACAAUUUCAACACCGGAUCUACUAAUAGGAAAUUCUAAAAAGGACCACCCCCAGCAAGACACACGGCUGACCACCCAGCAGUCCAUUGAAAUCGGUUCUGGUGGUUCUACUGGAACAGUCACAAAUCAAGUCUUCGGUACCACAGCCUCAACACAUACAGCAUGGACAACGCCUCUCGCGGAACCUCUAACGGGCAAAUGGUCUGCAAGGGAGACCAUCGUUGUUUCUACACAAGAGUCUACGGCUAACUCAUUUAUAAUAGGUUCAACAAGAAGAAUCAUAUCUGGGCCUACAGAAGGAUUCACAGCGGGUCCCACUGAACUAUCUAUGGUUAUUUCUAUAGAAGGAUCCACUUUGAACCCCACAGAUCCGCACACGAAUACACUGACAACUGACAUUUCUAAAGGUCAGCCUACUGAAAAUGUGCACGAAACCUCAUUAGAUUACCCCUCUGACAUUCCAGCAAAGCAAUCUACUGACAAAUACACAGAGAUUGUUACAUAUCAGCCUACAAAUACCAUUGAACUAGACUCCUCUGAACAUUUCACUGAGUGGCAGGGUGGCACAUUAACGGAAUAUUCAACUGGCACACUGUCGGGGACUUCUUCUCAACUGCGAGGAGAUGAAAGCAUUGUCACAAGUUCACUGACCCCAACAGCCUCACAGAAGUACACGCUUGCAACAGCGACAUACACACCGACAGAAAAGACAACUUUACCAGUAAUAAUAGAACAAUCUACAGAGUUAAUUGCCGCAUCAUCUUUUAGUGAACAGUCUACAGAGGCAGCUCCUGCAUCAUUGUAUACUGAACACUCUAGACAGCCAGUUACUGAAUCUUCAUACACUGAACAAUAUAUAGAGCCAACUACGGCUUCUUCAGAUCAUGAUCAAUCUGCUGGGCCUACUAACACAUCAUCAUUAUCUGAACAGUCUACAAGUGUACAUAACAUUACUCAACAACCAAUAGACAGGUCAUCUGAAGCUACUUCCGCAAAUCCUCAGAAUGAGACAGCUGCCGGAAACAUUGGAGCAUCAAAUGAUGACUGGAAGAUUGCAGUAGGAGUGGUUAUCCCUCUUGCACUGCUCAUUGCUGUUCUUGUGGGAGUGUACAUAUGCUACAGAAAGAAGUACCCAGUCAGAAUGAUCAUUGGCCGAGAGUUUGGCAAGUUCAGUAACCCCAACUAUCAUCGCCGAGGGCAUACGCCAUCGCUCGUCAGAGAAGAUGCAGACUUUAUUUUCUCUAACAACAGAACAUCCACUUCGAUUCCAUCUCAAGAAUUUAACCCUGUCAAUAAGAAAAUAAUGUAUGAUAACAUGGGAUUCGUGAAAGACGACAAUGACGACGAAGAUGAACAGGAACGCAAGUUUCUGAAGAAUAAAAGUUGGCUAUUCAAGAAUGCUUCAGACGAAUCCAAAAACAAAGCUGAAGAAGAUGCAGACAUGACAGCUGAGUCUUCGUUUAUUGCUAACUCUUCGACUGCCGUAGAACCAAAACUAGAUGCAAACAGAAACGAAACAAACACAUCAAAAGAUAUGAAGCAGUCCAAGGCUGUCGCUGAUCAUGAAACUACGCCAGUGAUAAUGCCAAGGCGGAAAAAAAAGGCCCCAGAACCACCAGGAAACAAAGCACCGUUUCCUCAAUCGAAUAACGAAUCCAACAGGCAGCCUGCUACCAUACAAAUUACAUCUGAAACUAAAGUAGAUAUUUCUAAGAGUGUAGGCAGUUCCCUUCCUCGAAACAUUGUUCUUCUAGGAACCGCUGGAAAGGAACCACUGAAACACACUAACAGCGAUAAUGAAAUCCCCAAAAAUGUUAAAUCAGGCGUGCAACUUUUCCAGCAAACAGUUUUAAACCAGAUUAAGGAAAGAUCGAGGUCACUGACUUUGGACCCGGCUGAGCUGGAUGGUCGGUCAAGAAGCUUCAGUGUCGACCAGCCCAGCUCGACUCGGAAAAUGUCAUUGUACGACGAAAUUGUCGAAGCUACCAGACUGCGGUUUCUGGCAGCACAGAAAAUGACGUCAUCAGUUUCUGAGCAAGUCAGUCCAGUCAUCGCCUUUGUUGUCGGAGCUGAUUUCAGAGACAGGGACAUAUCUGUGGCCUCUUCUGCACUGUCCGCUGAUGAUGACACGGCGCACGACGAUGGUAUUAUUGCUGAUUACAGCGCCAGCUGGACACAAAGCAAACUUGAAUCAAAGCCUGCAACAGGGGUUGAUGUUAACCCAAACGAAAGACCUACUGUCAAACAGACAAACUUUGAGGAGAUCUCCCAGCAGGAAUCCAACACAAGUCUACGUGAUGUCGACACAUCACAUGAAGACGAGAACAAAUCUUCCAGCGACAAUACAGGUCAUUACAAUAGUUCUACGUCUUACCGGUUACUUUCAGAUAGCAGAGAUGACGAAGAAAUCAAUGAGAGCAAGGAAACAACUAGUUCUAAGAUACCGGACAAUGCGAAAAGUACAGACAUGACCUCAGUGUUGCUUUCGGGUGCUGCGCCAGAAGAUAAUAGUUACCAAGACGACAUGGAUUCGGCGAUCCCUGGUGCCUUCAGCAGUACAAACAUUGGACAUAACCAUGAGGGUGUACUAAAGAGGAAAACAUCCUUAACUUCAGAAAGCUCAUCAAGUGAGGCUGACCAGGAAGGUACCAAAUUAGGUUAUUCCAACGUCGCCUAUAUUUCUGACUUGGACAUACCUCCUACAAAAAACACCAACAGUGAUGAAACUGAUGCCGAAGAGAAUGGGUUCUCUGGAUGCACAACAAAGACCCUCAGUCCUGCAGACGAAAACGACCACCGAUACCUAGAAAAUGAUAUGAAUGAAGAUAAUUCAAUUGAAGCCAGCAAGCAGUCUCUAAGUGAAAGCAGACAGAAGUUUAAACUGAUGUCCCCGGAGAUGAAAAACUCUGGUUCUUCUACCGAAUCAGUGGCUGGAAGUUCGGAAUCUUCCCGCGGUAUUCCUUCAGACGAUGAAGAGGAAGAAGACUUAGACAUGUAUUUUCCCACCAGCGUCGAAACACCAAAUACAAAUCAAGACAAUGAUAACAUCGAAGACGUUAUAGACAGUUCCCCUUUGGGGAUAAAUCAACCUUUUCUUCGUCUUCACCAAGGGGACAAUGCAGACGAUCCUACAUCCCCAACAGCUGAUAAUAACUAUUCACAAAAAGUCAUUUUUCAAACGCAAUACUCUAACAGUUCAAGUGAUUCUUCUGAUUUUCCACCAAGUAAAGCAGUUAAUCUACUGUCUAGCAAAAGUCAAAUCUCGACAGAUGUCGCACAGGGUGCCUCCUCGCCUGCAGUUACUAGCACCAAGAAAGAUCCGGUGGAAACAGCUAGCCAAGAUCAGUUCGAGGACAGACAGGGUACCGAGGAAAGUGGCAGCUAUACGUUGCUAGAUUACCUUGAUGAUGCUGACGUUGACGUGUGA